AAAAUGUUAAAAAUGGGAUCAGAUUUUACGCAACGCGGAGUCGGGGGACACGGGUGGGUUUCUGAGGCCCUUCAUUUCCAUUUCAAUUUCCAUUUCCAUUUCCAUACUCACCACCGAUUGACUACUCUCUCCAAGAACCCAAAAUUAUCCCAAGAAACAAACAAACAUAACAAAAUCCCUAUUAAAAUCUCUCUCUCUCUGCAUUUUCUGGCUCGUUCUGUCUGUAGGAAGGAGAGUAGAGAGAAGAUCGAAGGAUGCAGACGACUCAGAAUCAACGGUCAAGAUCUUCCAAGCCCACCACCAUACAUGCCUUCGCUCAGUCUGGAGAUCUCCCGGGCUUUCAGAAGUUACUUCGCGAUAACCCUUCUCUCCUCAACGAUCGGAGCCCUGUUAUGGCUCAGACACCACUUCAUGUUUCAUCUGGUUACAACAAUGUUGGGAUAGUUAAGUUUUUGCUUGAUUGGCAUGGACCGGAAAAAGUUGAAUUGGAGGCAAAAAACAUGUAUGGGGAAACUCCAUUGCACAUGGCAGCUAAAAAUGGGUGCAAUGAUGCUGCUCAGUUGCUCCUUGCUAAUGGUGCUUUUGUCGAAGCCAAAGCAAAUAAUGGUAUGACUCCAUUGCACCUGGCUGUAUGGCACUCACUCCGAGCUGAAGAUUUUUCCACCGUGAAGACACUGCUUGAGUGUAAUGCUGAUUGCAGUGCUGUAGACAAUGAGGGCAUGACUCCGCUAAAUCAUCUCUCUCAAGGCCUGGGGAGUGAGAAAUUGCGAGAACUUCUUCACUGGCACCUUGAAGAGCAGAGAAAACGUAAAGCUAUCGAUGCUUGCAGUGAGACCAAGGCGAAGAUGGAUGAACUUGAAGAUGCUUUAUCAAAUAUUGUGGGUCUGCACGAGCUUAAGUUACAACUUAGGAAAUGGGCAAAGGGGAUGCUUUUGGAUGAGAGACGAAGGGCUCUUGGGCUAAGAGUCGGCCCUAGAAGACCGCCUCAUAUGGCCUUCCUUGGCAAUCCUGGAACAGGUAAAACUAUGGUAGCUCGGAUCCUUGGGAGAUUACUCUACAUGGUAGGAAUUUUACCAACCGACAAGGUAACUGAAGUACAAAGAACAGAUUUGGUUGGCGAAUUUGUUGGUCAUACAGGACCAAAGACUCGGAGAAAGAUCAAAGAAGCAGAGGGAGGAAUUUUAUUUGUGGAUGAAGCAUAUCGACUAAUACCAAUGCAGAAGGCAGAUGAUAAAGACUAUGGGCUCGAAGCCUUAGAAGAGAUCAUGUCUGUGAUGGACAGUGGAAAAGUUGUUGUCAUCUUUGCUGGCUACAGUGAACCGAUGAAGCGUGUGAUUUCAUCUAACGAAGGGUUCUCCAGAAGGGUGACAAAGUUUUUUCAUUUUGAUGACUUUAGUUCGAUAGAUUUAGCCAAUAUCCUUCAUAUGAAGAUCAACAAUCAAGCGGAAGACAGCUUAUUGUAUGGAUUUAAGUUGCAUCGUUCAUGUACUGUCGAUGCUGUUGCAUCACUGAUAGAGAGAGAAACUGGUGAAAAGCAGCGGAAGGAGAUGAAUGGCGGUUUGGUGGAUCCGAUACUAGUUAAUGCUCGAGAGAAUUUGGACUUGAGGCUCAAAUUUGACUGUGUAGAUGUUGAUGAACUUGUUACGAUCACGCUAGAGGAUUUAGAAGUUGGCAUCCGAUUAUUAUCACAAUGAGACAUGAUUAGAUGAUGGCUCUGAAAUGGGGCGAUCCAGGUUCGAUAAUUGGCCAGAUUCUUCUGUUGUAUAUUUUUCCUUUUUGUAGUUGAUAGGCUAUGAUAGUCAUUGAUGCCCAUUUGAAAAUGUUUGGUGGGUAUUUGAAAAUUCUUUGUUUUUUUAUUUUGAAGUCUUUGAUUGUUGUAGCUAGCAAUAUGUUCAAGAGGAGUUUGGUUUGUUGUUGAUAGAGAUAUGAAGCAAUUCUUUGAAUUUUCUUUAUUCUUUUCAUGUAUCACUGUUGAGUUCAAUAACAAGCAAAGAUAUCUCUCAUUUUUCA